AUGAUGGAAGACUUGAAGAAGGUUGUAGAGAAUAAAAAACUGUUUGAUCGGGUUGUACCGGUGGUUAUGGGGAAAAGCACCGAUCCAAUUGCAUUUCAAGAUGCUAUUGCACAGUACACAGGUGAAAAGCUAUCAGAAACAACUAAAGAAGCAAGGGCUGAUCGUCUUAGGAAGAGACUUUUGGGGAUGUCCCAGGAUGGAAAGAAAAAGAUUUUGAUUAUAUUGGACGAUCUUUGGAACAUUGUUGACCUCAAAGAUAUUGGACUAGCGAGUCCUUGGCCAAAGGGCUUUAAGUUAUUUCUCACAUCACGCUAUGAAACGCUUUGCUGUCAGAUGGGUGUUGAAGUUAGCUCAAUUUUGAACAUCCUUCCUUUAAAAGAACCAGAAGCAAUACAAUUAUUCUGGGAAACCAUGGGACUUUCAGAUGGUGAUGCUGAUCAUGAACUCCAUAAGGUAGGAGAAGAUAUUGUAAAGAGGUGUGGUGGGUUGCCGAUGGCCAUAAACACUAUUGCCUUGUCUCUUAAAGGUAAAAUAAAAGAUGCAUGGAAACUUACACUUUUACGUUUACGUCGGCAUGACCUUCAAGACCUUCAAGACCUUCAAGGCCGUUAUGAUGUUGUCCAUCACAUAUUUAAGAUAAGCUACGAAGGUCUCCCAUUAGAUGAUAAGGAGAUUUUCAUUCUUAGUGGCAUAUUUCCUGAUGACUUUAAUAUUCCGUUGGAGGACUUGAUGAGGUAUGCAUGGGGAUUGAAGUUGUUUGAUAAUGUGCACAGUUUAUUUGAAGCAAGACUGCGGACUAACACUUCCAUUCACAACCUCAUACGUGCAAAUUUGUUGGUUGAAAGUGAUCGAAAAGGAUGUGUCAAAAUGCAUGAUCUUGCACGUUCUUUCGUCUUAUCUAAUAUAUCAGAAUUCAAGCAAGCCUCCGUUAUUAACCACAGUGACAUGUCGGAAUGGCCUAAACAAGAUACGCGGGAGUCUUGCGAAAGAAUCUUAUUGAACUGCAAAGGCAUGUCUGGAUUUCCCCGACACUUUGAUUACCCCAACCUUAAACUUUUGAAGCUAAUGAUGAAUGAGAAAGAGCCUCUCAAGUUUCCAGAUGAUUUUUAUGCUAGAAUGAAACAACUUGAAGUCAUAUCAUAUCGUAGUAUUCCACUAUCGUCACUUGCGAUAUCACUCCAAUAUUCCACCAGCCUGCGUAUGCUAAGUGUCCAUUCAUGCUCGUUUGAGGGUGAUUUAUCUUAUCUUGGCCAUCUCAGUAAUUUGGAAUUACUCAGCUUUGUUAACUGUCACAUCGAGUGCUUACCAUCUACCAUGGGAAAUUUGGGAAAGCUAAAGUUAUUAGAUUUGACAGGAUGCGGUAGGUAUAGGAUUGGUGAUGGUGUUUUUCAAAAGUUAGACAACCUUGAAGAGCUUUAUAUGAGAAAUUUUGAAAACAAAGUUAUGAGCUUCACAAAAGACAACUGUAAAGGAUUGGAGAUGGUCUUGGUUAAACUCAUUGCGUUAGAGGUCGAAUUCUUUGAGAGAAUUACUCAGUUGAAUAAUGUGUCCUUAAAGAACCUAGAAAGGUUCAGCAUAUCUGUAGGUUGUCAUUUGGACCCUAUAUAUGACAAUGAUGUGUAUUCAUAUGAAAAUACAUUGAGACUUCUUUGUAGCUUCAAAGAGGUUCGCGCAUCUGAAAUAAACAAGUUGUUUGAGAAAACAGAGAAGCUUCAUUUGGAAGUGAAAGAUAUGAUAUAUCUUGAAGAUAUUUUGAUACAUCCUUCACAAUAUUCUUUUUCCAAAUUAAAACAUCUUUCUUUUCAGAUGUGCGGAAACUUGACAUACCUCUUCACUGUUAAUGUGGCAAGUACUUUGACUAAUCUAGAGAGUCUCACAGUUAGAUAUUGUGAUGUUCUGGCAUCCCUGAUACAUGACGGUGGGAAUAAUGGAGUGGAGGUGAUUAAAUUUCUCAAGUUAAAGCGAUUGGAAUUGCAUAACCUACCGAUGUUUGAAGGUUUGUGUGACAACAUCAAUAUUGUUAUGGAGUUCCCACAAUUGAUGUGGCUGAUACUUGAGGAUCUUGCCAACAUUACUUGCAUCUUUGCUUCAAGCAACAAUAUAUCUGAAACAACAAUACCAUUGUUGAAUAAAGAGGUGGUGUUUCCAAAGUUGGAGGAAAUAAAAAUUCUUAGGAUGUGCUUGAAUGAGAUAUGGGGGUGUGAGGAGGAAGAUGAUAGGACUCCCGUGUUGAAAGUGAUUGAAGUGGACGAAUGUGAUAAUAUUCAGAGUCUUUUUCCAAUAAAUCCAAUGCCAUUACUGAGUCAUUUAGAAGUGCUUACUCGGAAUGCGUUGGGCAAGUUAAUAGCAGCUUGA